AGCCCCCCAUUGCGCUGGGCACUGCCGGGCGAGUUGCCUGUAGAUGGACACCUGGGCGCCCGGGAGCUCGGUGCAGGUGGCGGGGGGCGUCUAACGGCCUCCUCUCUCGUCCCACGCCCAGAUCUCUCCCGGAACCGCUUUGCCGAAGUGCCUGAGGACGCCUGCCACCUGGUCUCCUUGGAGGGGCUGAGUUUGUACCACAACUGCCUGCGGACCAUCCCGCCGGCCAUCGCCAACCUGCAAUCCCUCACUUACCUGAACCUCAGCCGGAACCAGCUCACCUCCCUCCCGCCCUGCCUCUGCCGCCUGCCCCUCAAAGUCCUCGUCGCCAGCAACAACAAGCUAGGCUCGCUGCCCGACGAGACGGGCUCGCUCAGCAACCUGCGCCAGCUGGACGUGAGCUGCAAUGAACUCCAGUCCCUGCCGGCCAGCAUGGGCCGGCUGGGGUCCCUGCGAGACCUGAACGUGCGGAGGAACCAGCUAACUGCCCUGCCCGAAGAGCUGUCGGAGCUGCCCCUGGUCCGCCUGGAUUUCUCCUGCAACCGGGUCGCCCGCAUCCCCGUCUGCUACCGGCACCUCCGGCACCUGCAGACCAUCCUGCUGGACAAUAACCCCCUCCAGUCACCGCCCGCGCAGAUCUGCCUGAAAGGCAAAAUCCACAUCUUCAAAUACCUCAACCUGGAAGCCUGCAGCAAAAUGGGGCCUGACCUGGCUGACUUUGCCCGGGCCAGCCGGCCCACCGGCUUCAGCACCUG